AUGCAUAAAACUCAAUGGAAAGAGUUUCUCGAAGAGAGCACUUGUGAAGAUAACAUAGUACCUACUGCAGUUAAUGUUUCUGCUUCCCAAACCGAGGAGAAAGAAAAAGAUAGUGACUCUGAUUGGAGUGAAAUUGAUGAAAAAGAACCUGUUGGAAGUUUGGACACUAUGUUGUAUCCACAAAAUGUUGAUGAUCAACAAAACAUUCUCUCUUUUGCACCCAGUGAGGGAAAUAUACCAAUUAGUUCAUUACAGGCUGAUAUUGAGGAAUUAUCAUUUCCAACUAUAUUUUGUGGGGAACGAAGGCCAAGUAACAAAGAUAGAGAAAUACCUCUCAAGUACAGUGAUAUCUGCAAAUUAGAAUUACGACAUUCUGAUCGAAGAGCAGCAAAAUCUGUAACAAACAUCUUUUUCAAAUGCAAGAAACUCCAAAUGAAACAGAUCAAAGAUAAGAUAUGGCUUUCACUCAGGCGGGUUAAAACAUCAGGCAAGUCAUAUACUGCAGGAGAUGUCAAACAACAAGAUGUUGUUGACUCCAUGGUCAAAUUAGAUGAAGGAUAUAGAAUUUUCAGAACUUUAAGAGGAUCUCCACCAUACUGGGAAACAGCCAAAAAGGAUUUGUUUGCAAUGAUUAGACAGUUAGGAUUACCAACAUGGUUUAUUUCUUUGUCUUCUGCCGAGUCACAUUGGACUGAUCUCUUAAUAUCUUUGGGUAAACUUGUUGACAACAAACAGUAUAGUGCGGAAGAUGUUUCAAGUUUCACUUGGGAAACAAAAAAUAGACUUAUUCGAUCAGAUCCUGUCACUGUCACAAGAUAUUUUGAUCACAGAGUGAAAAAAUUCUAUCAAAAUUUCCUUCAAGGUUCAUGUGAGCCACUUGGGAAAAUUUCAGAACAUUUCUACAGGAUAGAGUUCCAACAUAGAGGAUCAGCCCAUCUGCACAGUCUUCUGUGGGUGAAUGGGGCCCCUAAAUUUGAGAUAGAUUCAAAUUCAGACAUUGAAAAUUACAUUGACAACUUCAUUGAAACAGACGGACAAAGUUUGGGUGUAAAUGAGAACUUGAAAAAACUGCAAUGUCACAGACACACACAUACUUGUCGAAAAAAGGGUAAAGUGUGCAGGUUCAAUUUCCCAUUGCCUCCUAUGGAGUCUACAAAGAUCUUACAACCUCUGCCAGUUGAAAUGGAAGACAAAGAAAAGCAGUUACAUAAACAGAAAUGGAAAGAAAUACAAAUUGAACUAAACAAACCUGAAAUCCAGCAACUUACUCUUCAACUGUUUCUUGACCAUUUUGGCAUUUCACCUGAUGAUUAUGAGCUUGCAAUCAGAAGUUCUAUUUCAGCUUCAAAGGUGUUUCUCAAACGAGAACCAUGCAAUGUACGUGUGAAUGCGUAUAACCCUGCUGUACUACAGGCAUGGCAAGCAAAUACAGACAUACAAUUCAUUACCAAUGCUUAUGCUUGUGCAAUGUAUGUUGUGAACUAUGUUUCUAAAGGCCAAAGAGGCAUGAGUGAACUCUUGAGACGAACAUGUGAUGAAGCUAGAAAAGGAUCAACUGAUAUCAAAGAUCAAGUUCGUUUGAUUGGAAACAAAUUUCUUAAACAUGUUGAGAUUAGUGCACCUGAAGCAAUAUAUCUCUCUCUACAAAUGCCACUAAAGCAUUCAUCAUGUGGGCAUGCAUUUGUUAACACUUCACCUCCAGAUCAGAGACCUUUUAUACUCAAACCUUCAGAGCAACUUGAUGCUUUGCCUGCUGAUAGUGAAGACAUUCAGUGCAGCAAUAACAUCAAGAGAUACUCAGAACGGCCAAGGAAGGCCCGGGACAUGUGCUUAGCAGAUUUCAUUGCAUGGUAUGAUAUGAAAAAAGUACAGUUCAAGAAGAAGAGAAAAGUGCAUGAAUUAGAACUGCCUGAAACAGACAGUGAUGAUAACAAAGAAGAUGAACCUGAUGACUCUGAUCUAUAUCAAAAUAAACAAACAUGUCUUGGUGAAUUGAAAAUCUCAAACACAGUGAUUAUGAAACGAAGGAAAAAGCAAAAAGUGAUACGCUAUGUGAGAUAUGACAAAGAAAAAGAUCCAGAAAAUUACUACAGAGAAAAUUUGAUGCUCUUUUACCCUUACAUCAGUGAGAGUGAAAUCAUUGGAAACUGCCAAACAUAUGAAGAAAGAUACCAAAUGGUAAAACAAGUAAUAGAAGAAAAACAGAAAGAGUACAACCAGUAUGCUGAAGAGUUAGAUAUGGCUGAACAAAAACUGCUUAAUGACUCAAAUGAAGAAAACCUUCAUAAUGUAGCUCCUUGCAAUGAACAUAUUAAUGAGAUAAAUGCAAAUAAGUUUGGCAAAGAUAGAAAUGCUAUAGAAGGUGAAGAUCUCUUCACUAGCUAUGAUAUUGCUUCUGAAUUGGGUAUACAAUCGACUGGAACAGACAUGCAAGAAGAGAGAAUCAGAAAUAGAUUGUCUGAUAGUAAAUUCAGGGAAAUUGUUUCUUCUCUUAAUCAAAAGCAAUCUGAAUUCUUUAAUCAUGUACUAAACAAAGUGAAAACUUCAGAUGAACAGUUACUCCUCUUCUUGAGUGGAGGUGCAGGAGUUGGAAAGACAAGAGUAAUCAAGUCACUAUACCAGGCACUUGUGAGGCAUUAUAACACAGAAUCUGGUAGUAAUCCAGAUGUAAUUAAGGUACUCCUCACAGCACCUACUGGUAAAGCAGCCUAUUUGAUCAGGGGUCAAACCCUCCAUUCUGCAUUUUGCAUUCCUGCUAACCAAGGUUUUAGCUAUAAACCUUUAUCACAUGACAAACGCAACACCCUCAGAACCCAACUUGGUGAAUUGAAGCUUGUAUUCAUCGACGAAAUAUCUAUGGUUGGAACAAAGAUGUUUUGCUUCAUAAACCAACGAUUACAAGAAGUAAUGAAUGUAUCAAAACCAUUUGGAGGUGUCAGUAUUAUAGCUAUUGGCGAUCUUUUCCAAUUGCAGCCAGUAAUGGACACUUGGAUUUUUAAAAAUCCAACUACUACAUCAAGUACAGAAGUUCUGGCACCAAAUGUAUGGACUAACAACUUCGAGCUGUUUGAAUUAACAGACAUUAUGAGACAAAAAGAAGAUGUAGCUUAUGCAGCAUUGUUGAACAGAAUGAGAGAAGGCAAGCAAACCAAAGAAGACAUUAAAUUACUAAAAGGUAGAAUAAUCUCUAAAGAAGAUGAGAAUUACCCAGUUGAUGUCACUCAUUUGUUGUAUCACAAUGAGGCUGUUGAUGCACAUAACAAGCAAUUACACAGUAGUGUAGCAAACCAAGCCGUCUUGGCAUCUCAUGACAUAGUUAUUGGUGAUAUCACAGAUGAAGUCAAGCAAAAAGUUUUGUCAUGUGCCAAAGCCAAAGAAAUGGGGCUAUCUAAAACAUGCAAUCUUGCUUUAGAGCUCAAAGCUGAACUAACUGUCAACAUAGACACAGCAGAUGGAUUAGUUAAUGGAGCAGCAUGUGUUUCAAAAUAUUUCCAAUAUGACAAGAGUGGGAAUGUGGAAAUAGUAUGGGUACUUUUUGAGACAGAAGAAACAGCGCUCAAACUGAGACAUGAAUAUCCAAAACAUACCAACAAUGCGAUUCAUCAGUCCUGGACACCAAUUAAACCAAUAGCCAGAGAGUUUGCUAUUGGGAGAUACAAAGCAGUGAAAACAUAA